AUUUGUUUUCAUUCCGCUGAUGGUUGAAGGUUAGGUUCCGUAGUGGUCUGCAUUUUUCUUAGUUCAUGGUUUAAUUUGUUACAUAAGUGGUCUCUUAAAAUUGACUAGUAAUUUUUAUUAAGUGGAGACACUAAAUUAGUCCGAUUUUUAAAUAUUCAGUUUACAAGAACCUCAUUUGGAUUUUAUUUUGAACACUGAAUUUAUCUCUGUUCAUUCGAAUAUUCGUCUGCAGUUGAAAGUAUUGAGCAUCGGAAUUAAGAUAUCUUUUUAUUUGACAGAUUCUGAAAUUAGAAGAACCAUCAACGACAAGAACAAAGACGACCAACAUGAUUUCCUUCAAUAUGAUGACUCUACAGCAGCAACAGAAAAUUAUGGAACAUGCUAUUCCCCUUGUGCAGCCACCUCAGACACAAAAUGGAACCACAUCACCAGCAUCAAUUGAAUCACAGGGAGAUGAGAACUGUAGCAAGACAAACCUCAUAGUCAAUUACUUACCACAAACCAUGACUCAAGAAGAGAUCAGGGCAUUGUUCUCUAGUAUAGGAGAGGUGGAGAGUUGUAAACUUAUCCGUGACAAACCAACUGGGGACGUUAAAUCUUUGAUUUCAGGUCAAAGUCUGGGCUAUGGAUUUGUUAAUUACAAGUUAGCUAGGGAUGCAGAGAAGGCCAUUCACACACUCAAUGGUCUGAGACUUCAGAAUAAAACCAUUAAGGUUUCUGUAGCCCGACCCAGCUGUGAAAGUAUUAAAGGGGCUAACCUGUAUAUAUCAGGCCUACCCAAGUCCUUGACACAGUUGGACUUGGAGCAAAUGUUCUCCGAUUGUGGUGAAAUCAUUACAUCAAGAAUACUAUAUGACCAAAAUACAGGUUUGUCAAAAGGUGUAGGAUUUAUACGAUUUGACCAGAGGAUUGAGGCAGAGAGAGCCAUCCAGAAGUUAAAUGGAACCAUUCCUGAAGCAGCAACGGAACCCAUUACUGUGAAGUUUGCCAAUUCCCCAAGCUCCAAUAAGAAUGCUGUUUUAGCUCCACUGACAUUAGCUCCAUACCUUCCUCAGACUAGAAGACUUCUUGGUCCCAUACACCAUCCAUCAAGCAGGUUCAGGUUUUCUCCUAUGGACACAGGAUCUAUUUUAGGAGCCAACACAAUCAUUCCCACAGCAGCCACAGCCACAACUGGUAACACUAUAAAUGGAGCAGGAUGGUGUUUGUUUGUAUACAACUUGGCGCCAGAAACUGAAGACAGCACAUUAUGGCAGUUGUUUGGUCCUUUUGGAGCAGUACAGAAUGUUAAAGUGAUUCGCGACUUCCAAACACAGAAAUGUAAAGGAUUUGGAUUUGUUACCAUGACAAACUAUGAUGAAGCAUUAGUAGCUAUCCAGAGUUUAAAUGGCUUUGCUUUGGGAAAUCGUGUUCUUCAGGUGUCGUUCAAAACCAACAAAUGUAAAAUGUAAGGAUGAUGGAAGAAAAUAGUGCUAUAUUACUCAGUCAUUCCGGACAGGAUUAGAUUGAGGAGUUUGAUCUAGUCAUAUUUAUAUUCUCCACAAAAUAGUGCAUAAAUAUUAUUAACAAUCAUGAGAAAUUUUCCAGUUCACUUCUGAAGUUGCCAAACAGUUUUUUUUUUUUUUGCUCCUGGUAUUAAGACUAGGACCAAUAGUUGCCAUCACUUUGAAUCCAUCGUUCUGUGUAUCCUUUUAUAGUAAUUUGAUUAUGAUGUUAAUGAAUUAAAUUCACAUUUGGAAUGAAAUCUAAAGAAUUUUCUUUAUAAGGAAAUUAUUUUACGAUGUUAGCUAUUAAUUGGUGAGUGAUAGUGUAACAACUAGAUCACAUUGGCCUUGUAUAACAAUUUAUAAAAAAAAAUAAUUUUUCUUUAAUUUUGACUUUUAUUUAUUUGAAUCUCUUGAGAAGUACUCAUUUAAUGUUUUAAGUUUACAUGGAUCAGUGAAAUCCAGCAUUGAACAUUUUUAUCCUGGUUUUAUGUUUUACCUUCAGUAAGAAGGGUUUAAUUUGGAGUAGCAUAGAUAUUUUUACAGAAAAAAAAACACAAUUAAUUGUAUAAAUUUUUAAUUCUUGAAACAAAGCGGAAAUUAUGAUUUUAUGGUAAUAAAUAGUGUUGGUUUUUUUUUAAUCAAUUAUUAUCAAGUACUGUCCGAUUUUUAGUUAAGUGUAUUUCAUUCUUAAAUUUUGAAAAUUCUGAAUUUAGCCAGAUUUAUAAUAUUGAGAAUUGUGAGGACAAUGAUACUAAAGGCAACUGUUAGUGUGAUUUUAUAUCUACUUUUAAAACCAAUUUUCCACCAUUUUAGAUGAUUUGUUUAUACAUUAUUCAUAUGGAUUUUUAUCCCGUAUAUAACUCAAAGAAUCUCAGAAUUUGUUAUUAUUUUUUCAAAUGCACAUGGAGAGCUCAGAGAACAAAUAAAUGCCUCGAGACAUGACAUAAUCCAAGUAUAUUAUUAUUUAUUUAUUGACAAAACCAUGGAUGUUGAUAUUAUUUAAUACUUAUUAAGUUAUAUAAUUGAUUAUUAAGAUUUCAUUUUUGUUGUUAUCCCAUAAAUUGGUGUUCUGUGGUGAAGUAAUUUUUUCAGAUAUUAUUUAUUGUUUGUCGGUUGUUUACUUUUCAUUAGGUAUAGAAUUGGGCCCUAGGUCCAUUGUUUAUUACAGUAAUUUAGAAUUAUACGAAUAGAAAUAUAAGAUAAAAACUCAUUUAUUUUACAUUCAUAGAAACUGUUUUCAACAAUUGACCAAAUAGAGAAAAAAAAUCUAUUCAGUCAGGUAUGAAAGAUAUAAAACAACAUGUGUGUUUACUGUUUUUAUUUAUUUAUGGUUAAAAGAUUAAACUAAUUUUUGAAAUCAAGUUUAUAACAGUAGAAAACAGUUUCUAUAUGUAAAAUGAAUAUAUCUGUGUCGAGCCUGAAAUGGUUGGUGAAUUUCUGUCUGUUGCAUGAAUAUUUGCUUUAGUUUUCUCAAUUAUUGUUUUGCUCUUUGUUAUAUACACUGCUGCACACGAAUGCUGUCUUAAAUUUUCCACAAAAAAAGUUUGGUUCAGUAUAUAUGUAUUCUGUUUUUUUAUUUUUCACCAAACACACAUUGCCAAUGAUUGGUUAGAAUCAGAAUUAAAUAUAAAUGGUAGUUUUUAAUUGAAAAUUAGUCUUGAUAGAUAGAUUAAAGAAGAAUGUUAACUUUUAAGAUGUGUUUUUGGUGAAUGGUUUUUGUUAUUUAAUUCAAGCAGUCAUGACUUUUGAUUUUGCAUUUAUUUAUUUUGGGAGUGAUGUUUUAUCAUUUCAAUGAAUAUGUUUGCCAGAAUUUUCAGUUCACUAGCACCUUAAACUGGGACUUAUCAGGUCUCAGAAUAUGUUGGCACAAUAUUUUUCUUUUUCUUCGUCUUAGUUCUUUUUUUAUUGAUUUCUGUGAACCCUUUUUUCCAAUUUACCAUAGUUUCAGGAAGAGACAUUGUUAGAAAUCAUUCAAAAUCUGCUGACUUUUUUUCCAUGGUUGAAAUAGAGAUUUGAUAAAACCAUGUAUUGCAUCAGAUGCCAAAUUGAUCUUCCAGUUGUUGAAAAGGUAUAAAUUUUUGAACAUUUUUAAAUGUUGUGUUUAGGGUUCCAUGUUUUACAAUAUCUGUAUAUGUUUGAAAGUUUUUAAAACAAGAAGUACCUGACAUUUUUACAUGUUUGAUUUCUUUAAUAAAAAGAUUAACUUUUUAUACAAUCCAUCUUAUUUGAUGUCUUUUGGGGCACUCAUUAUAAAUGCUCAUAUUUUUGCAAAUCAUUAAAACAUUCCUCAGGAAAUCUUUCACAAAAAGUGUGUUUUUAUUGUUAUAACUCUUUGUGAAAGGUUCCUUUAUAUUGCCCCUUUUGAUGUAAAUAUUCCUGUCACAGUUCGGGGCACUUUUCACAAAGAAUUUUUAAUAUUUAUGGUAUAAAUUUUGAAUGGAUUUAUGGGAACAAUUUACAUCUCAUCGAUGUUUUAAUCAAACAUUACAGACAUUGCCUGAUUUAAGCUUGACAGGGACCCUGUGAGGGUUGACCAUGUUCUUUGAAAUAUUUCUGUUUUGAUUGAAGUAUAUUUUUGCCAUUCUGGCAAUUUUAAAAAAACUUCCACUUCUUAAUUUAUUCUUCAUCAAGCAAAGAUGAAAUAAAUAUUUUAUACUUAAGAUAUAUAUGCAAUUUUUACCCAUACAGUUCUGUAUUUGUGAAAACUUAUAUGGCAAUUUUACAUUUUUAUGUGAUGUCGAAUUCAUAUGAACUUGUUUAGAAUCGCUUAUUGUUAAUGAUAAAAGCAAUAUUUACAUUUUUUACAUUUUCAUUGACCAAUGAUUUUUUUAGAAAGAUAACUAUGGGAUGAUAGGUCAGAAAUUGUGUGCCAAGCACUAGUGUUAAUGAGUUUAUUUGUGGUCAGUUAGUGUUUGAUCAUCGAGAUUGGGUAAACGUUUGAAAUUUGUGCCUACUGCCAAAUAAAUGUCUACACGGAACGUGAAGAAUCAAUUGACAAAAGUUAUGAUUGUUUGAAAACAAUUAACAAAACCCACCUAUUAUGUAUUACACAUGACGUGUGCACAACAGUAGAAAAUUUUCGGUUUCAUUACAUAUUUCUUUUCAGAUUGUUAUUAGCAAUCUAAUGUUAGAGUUUUUCAAACUUUUGUGAAUUUUUUUAUCUUUUUUGACUUUUUUCAUUACUUGUUCCAUUGUUUGUUGUUUUGUUUCAUGUUGUAGCUGCUCUUUUGAAGGGCUUAACUUUAUUUUUUGAAGUACAAAUUUGCAAGGUAAGAUGUUUUUCCCUUUUGAUGCAGGUAUUAUUUCAAUCUAUUUUCUACAUUAAAUAGGGUAUAAUCUAUAAGUUAUAACACACACAUAUAAUUUACAUACAAGCAGUCAUACAUAGUCAGUUCUAGUAUAAAAAUUAAAUAUAAUUCCAAAUAUAGAUGGAUAAAUCCUAAAAGAAAAUAUCAUUAAACGAUAUUCUGAAUUCAAGCAUUAGCUGAUAAAAGAACCAUGCAGUGGUUACUAUUUAGUAUAAUUUCAAAGUGAUUCAUAUAUGCCUUCAAAAGAGCACCUUCAUUUUUCUUCAUUUUUCAUAUAUCUAAUUAGUGUUGUACAUCAUAUGUGUUGUCAGGUUGAUUCUAGUCUGGACAUUAUCCUUAUCCUACCUCAUAUACUGUAACAUACACAAUUGUCUUCAACUGAGAUUCUUGCUAAAUAAUUUACCUGCUAAGAUCAGUGAAUCAUUUCAGGUUUGUUCUUUCGAAUAACUGAAUAAAGUUCCAUAUGCAUUCUUUCAGAAAAAUAAGGGGAAAAAUAAUGCUUGACUGUCUUUUCAUUCUUCAGUUUGUCGGAUGUCUAGCAGUAGUAAGAAAGAAAGAUGUCUAUUAUCAGGGAUCACUUUGAAGGCAGUGUACACAAUAAAAAUUCCAAAGGUCUUGCACAUUUUUAGUUGUACUGGUCACAUUGAUCUAACCUGAACAUAGAAAUACCACGAUAGAAACUUAAUUGUCCUAAAGAUGUAAGACAACUUCAGCUCUGCAGUCAAUGAUAUCUUCUCAGUUUGAAGAAAGGGGGUUCUUAUACAACAUAUAUUCUAAGAAAAUACAUAUCUGUAAAAUAUCUUCAUAAAUACUUGUGAACAAAAUAGAUAACCAUUUUAUAAUACAUAUACUAUGUCAAAACCAUAAUCUUUUAUCUGUGAUAACAUGUUCCCUACCAAAACCAUAUUUAUAUUUACCAAAACCAGCAAGUCCCAUGACAGUUUUAUUGAUCUCAUAUAUGUCCAUGCUCAAAACCAUGUCUCAGAUUGCAGUAGUGAGAUUUGGUUUUUAAUGAGAUUUCAGAAGGAAUAAGAAGUGAAGUGCAUCAACACUUAACAGUUUAGUUUACAAUAUAAAAACAGCCAUGAUAAUAACAAUUUGGAGAGAAAAAAAACCCAUAAUAAAUUUGUUUACAAGUAAAAUGUUUGUGAAGAAUUCUUAUCCAUAUAGAAAAGCCAAAACUCACUACUCCCUUUGUAAAGAAUGUAUGUAUAUGUUCAAAUAUGUUAUUUACAGAAAAAUGCUCCAAGCAUGUAAACAAUGAAAACAUGGAAGUCCUGGUUUUAUGUUUUGUCUCAAUGAAUUACUACUCAAAAUGUAUACAUGCUUUUCUAGUCAGGAUUGAUAAUUUAAAGUGCAAUAAUAUAUACAUUUUUAUCAUACUACAGACUUUGAUAUUUUACUUUAUAACAAUCACUAUUGUAAUUUGGUUUUCUAUGGUUUAAAAUCUGAACCUGAGGGAUAGUGUAAUGACUGCCUACUAUGAUACCGUGACAUGUGACUGACAACACAUACAUGUAUGUACAGUUUAAUUUCUGUUGAUUGGCUUUUUGUGUGCUUUUGACAUUGCUUUGCAUUUGUUUAGUCCCUGUGUUCAAUUUGGAAUAAACAUAGUCAAAGAUCAGGUCUUUAUCUAUAACAUUUUAUAUAUAGAUAGCCUGAUCAAUAAUGUUGGUUGCCCAGCGUCAUGGCUAUAUUGCAGGCGCUGGCUUGUUGGUUGUAAACGUUAUUAUGUAGUUGGUUGUAAUGCAAUAUUUGUACUUUUAUUACAUGUGAUGAUUAUAAAUAAAAUUUUAAAUAAAUUUGUUUGAUGUAA